GGUAUUCUGUGUGGCUCGAUCUUGGUUACCUCUGGUAGUGUUGUUCUUGACAAGCCGGGUUGUUCUGUGAAUCUCGUCUUUCGGGUGUGGUCGCGCUACAUUCCUUUCUUCCCGUAACAUUCACAAAGAAAAUAUAGCCAAACCCUUAAGCUAAUCAUGACAAAGAGGAGGAUUGGCAUCGUUGGAUUUGGGCAUCUGGGGCAAUAUCUAACAAAUGCUGUUUUGGAACAAUCAGACCUAGAGUUGGCUUUUGUAUGGAACAGAACCCUUUCAGUUGUGGAAAAAGUUAUUGAAAACAGAUACAUCUGCCAAGACUUGGAGGAAUGUGGCCAGUUCAACCCAGAUUUAAUUGUUGAAGUUGCUCAUCCUGCCAUUUCUGAGAAGUAUGGUCCGCAUUUCUUACAAACAGCAGACUAUCUUGUUGGCUCCCCAACUGCUUUAGCUUCUCAAGAAAUUGAGGAUGCUCUAAGGCAAGCUGCCACAUCACAUGGAUUAUACAUCCCAGCUGGAGCAUUCUGGGGUGGGGAGGACAUUCUAAAGAUGGCUGACAGAGGGACUCUUAGAGCCCUAAAAGUCACAAUGAAAAAGCACCCAAGCUGCUUUAAACUGGAAGGGACCCUAAAGGCUAAGAAUGACAGCAUUCAAGGCACAGAUGCUGUAGUUCUCUAUGAUGGACCAGUACGUGAACUAUGCCCUUUGGCGCCAAACAAUGUCAACACCAUGGCAGCUGCUGCCAUGGCUGCACAUAACUUAGGCUUUAAUGGGGUACAAGGUUGCCUCAUUUCAGAUCCAAAAUUAACAGACUGGCAUGUUGUUGAGGUAGAUGUAACAGGACCAGAAGUGGCUGGAAAGAACUUCAAUGUGAAAACAGUUCGAAACAAUCCAGCAGCACCAGGAGCAGUCACAGGUACAGCAACUUAUGCUUCGUUCUUAUCGUCAAUGGUUCGUGCCACUGGAAAAGGACCAGGAGUUCAUCUAUGCUAAUUGCCCCAACUAAGAUACACCACCACUUUCCAACCGAUUUCAAUCUUUAAAGGGCCACUUUCUAAUUGACUAUGUAUAGUUUCUCAGAUGAUAAAACCAUCAUUCAUGUGAAUUAAAGUCUUAAAUGCA